CAACAUCUAAUGGCUCUUAAUCCUCCUGUGUUUAAUGCUACCAACCACGCAUUAAGCCUCUUCGAUCCAUCGAUCGCUAAGCCGCCCGGCUGUUCCUCCCGCAGCCUCGCGCCGCCGUUUGCCGCAGGUGCCGCCUCGCCCUUCGCCGCCUCCCGCAGCCGCCGCCCGUCACCGGGCCCGUCGCACCAGGAGAUGCCCCGCCGGCCCUUUGCCGCCUCCCGUAGCCACGCCCUUCGCCGCGGGUCGCCGCGCCCGUCGCCCCGGGAGCCGCCGCCUGCCGCCUCGCCCAUCGCCCCAGGAGCCCGCCCCGCCGGCCCUUCGCCGCCUUCCUUCACCGUGGGUCGUCGCCGCCGGAGCCGUCCUCUUCCUCUUCCCGGUGGCGUAAUGCAGGUUCAGAACAUUGCCACUCAUCGGCAUCUGCAGCAUCUAAGGUCAUUUUCGUCACAUAUUCAUAUUUACUUGAGUUUGUGCUUACUUUGUUUGCAACAUUUAAGAAUUGAGCUUCUCAAUAUUGCAUGAAUAUUGCAUGACAACUCUGCAUUCCUACUCGGCAUCGUUUUGUCAUUCUCAUGAUGUAGGAUGUUCCUCAUUUCUUUAACAUGCCACAGAUGAGGAAUCAUCGUCCGCAUGCGUUACAAUCAGGGGACUGUUCCCCAUUUAAAGAUCUGAUGAAUAGUGAUGGAUAACUAGCCGUACAGUUUUCCCUUUUUGUUUCAUUUGCUCUAGGCUUCCUUUUUUUUAAUUUUUCUUGGCUUUGUCUUGCUUUGUUUUCAUUGGGUCGCUCUUAUGAUUCGUGUCAUCUUAGCACCUCCUCCUAAUUCAAAUGCCAUGCAUUUUGCUGCUUACUCAAGAAAAAACUUAAUUCUAUAAUGUUCCCAGGUUACUUUAAAAUAGCACAUAGCAAAUAAUUCCAUUUAGUGCAUCCGUAAGUUUCUGACAUCACAUGGUUGAAGGUUUAUAUCCUUGCGAUCAUUGUCAUGAGCAUACAUUAUUUUGAGCAAGACAAAGGUAUUUGCAGUAUAACUCAACUGUUGUGUUUUGACUGAAUAAUAUGUAUAUAUGAUGCCGGCUCUAUUUGGGAGGAGCUAAAUUCUUCACCAGCAAUACAGUAAUCUUUUGUUUCCCUCAUAAUUUUGUUGAACCAGUCACUGAAGGACCAACUUCUUUUGCACCUCAUAAUUUUGUUGAACAUCAUAAUAUGUGUUUUACCUGGCCGACUUCAUAAUUUUGUUUCUUAUAUAUGCAGGUUCAUGAUUCUGAAGUUAAUUCCUUUCAGCUUCAAACUGAAAUAAUUCUUCUAUGUUCCCGUACCAUGGAGACGGGCACUAAACUUUCGAAAAUAGUAUGAAGUCAACCCUUUCUGUACAACCAAUGACCCUAUUUUUUGGGUAAAUGUUUUCAUUAUUGCCUAAUUGUGUGAGUGAUUGACACUUUCUGGUUGUGCUAAAUUUCAGUCCUACAAAUUUUCUUUGAGUA